AUGCGCUCAAGGAAGCAUUUGAGCUUAAGCGCAAAGCUGGAACAGGACGCCCCGAGGUACACAGAGGAGUGGUUGUCGAGCAUGACAGUCAAGGAUCUGAAAGCUCUGUGCAAGCAGAGGUGCUUGAAAGUUUCGGGUAAGAAAGAAGAGCUGGUGCAUCGGCUUAUCCAGGUUACAGCAGGUUUGCAGCACCAUUCGACUGCAUCCGAUAGGCCAGGAGAAACUGCCGCAGAAGACACCUCCCAGAAUGAGGUGGGAUACACGCAGGCGCAGCAGGAGCUGAAUGUCUUUUCCGUGUUUGACUUGCGUGGUCUCUGUGAAGAGAGGGGUCUGACCUCCACCGGGACCAAGGCAGAUCUGGUGCGCCGAUUGACAGUCCAGCAGGCCCAAGAGACUGACCGCGAGGAAUCGAGAAAGGCUCAAAUGCAGCCUUUGCAGAGUGCACGGCAGCAACUCAAGAGCCCAGAAGAUAAGUUCUUGCAGGCCAUGAAGUCGGAUACGCUGGACAUCCACACUCUGGAGGAAAUCUUUCAGGCAGAGAUGCCGAAGCCAGGCGAAAUCGUUACUGGUAUCGUCACCUCUCUUGUCGAGUGGGGAGCCUUCGUUGAACUGGAACGGACCGGCUGGUCGGGUCUCAUCCACAUCUCCGAGCUCAGCGACGUCUUCGUGGACAACAUCGAGGACUACAUCCAGCCUGGCCAACGGGUCGAGGCACUGGUCAUCGAGAGACCUGGAGAUCGACUUGACAGGCUCAGCUUGUCGAUCCGCAGACUCAAGGACUUGAAGAACAUGAAGUACGACCCUGAAACCUUAGCUGCAGUGGGCCCGCUGGCUCCCACAGCCAGGCCCGGUGUGGUGCGAGAGGAGGAGUUCAGCCAACUGCAGGACCGGGUUGCGGCUCUUGAAGCCAUCAUCGUUGAGAUGGGGCACGGUCAGGCACUGCGAGACGCCCGCUACCAGUCCAGCAAGUCGAAUCGGAAGCCCGCGGUGGCCCCUCUCGCAGAAAUGCUCGAGGGGACCGGGACGGGGACGGAGACCCCAAAGUCGCAGGGUCUGCCCCGCGAGAGGGCUCAGAUCGACAGCAUCCUGGAAUCCAUCCUUGCUGGCAGCCAGGACCUGGACGAGGCCCGACGAGAGCACAUGCUUCCGCGAGAUCUCGGCAAAGACUCACACAUCUUCACAUGUUUGGCAGAGCUCAGUGGUGAGCUGCACCUCAUACCGUUCGACAAUGUGGUAUCAUCCCUUCGACAGGAACGGAGUGCCGUUGCUGUCGCGAUCCGGCCGCUGUUUCUGCGCCUCCGAGAGGCAGAAGCAGCAGCGCUUCCAGAUGCCUGGCGGGCCUUUGAUUCCGCGACGGUGAUGUUGGCAGACCUCACUGCCUUGGAAGAUUGGGGCGGUGAGGUCUUGUGUGAAGCCCUUCGAGCGGCUGCAGUGCAGAUUCUGUCGGCUCGUCACGACGUUUUGGAAACUGUGGUGGACACGCACUUGUCUCGGCUGGCACGUUUUCGUUCUGAUCCGCACGCCUGCUCCAUGGAGCAGCAUCUCCUGACCUGGCGCUUACUCGAGCGAUCGUGGCACUCCAACUUUGCAAGGUUGGUAAAGGGCUUUCAGCAGGAUUCUGUCCAGGCGCACGCCAGAAGUUGUCAGGAGACCUUGCAGGGCUUGGCCAAUGGAGCUCCGGCUGAGGUCUGGGUGUCCAGAUUUGCACGCUGUGUGGAUAUCGAAUUAGCUAUUGACAGUUGCUUACCGGGCUAUGCCAGCCUGGCGACUUCUUGUGCUACCACGUGGCUGAAUCACAGCCUUCCAUUGCUACCCUGGAUUCUUGCAUUCUUGAUUUCACCUACCAAGCAGCUGGAUCUCAUUGUCUUGCAACGUCUCCGCAAGGCGCUGGAGGUCUGCAAAGACAGCCAAGCCCUAGCGCACAUGCGAGAUGCCCUUGUUAAUGCCAGCGCACUCUUGUGCGGUGCCGCUUGGCUCCAAAUGGAGCCAGUGUCAUGGUUAACGUCCCUCCUGCAUGCUAUACACGAGGUAUGCCAGGUGCUUUUGCCAGAAAUUUCGCCAGGGUCUCUGGCGGCUGCAAUGGCCGUGUCUUUCGCCCCUGCACUGAGCGAGUGCAAGGAACAUCCGCCGCCUUCGGCGCCUCCUUGGAAAGUGCUUGGAAUCGACUCGCCAGUAAGCGCCCUGGACAUCAGAGACCUGAGCCCGGCCCUGCCGCUGCCCGCGGCCGCGGGCACCUCACGGAACGACAAAGCCCACCUCGCUGAGUCGAUUGCCAGGGCUUUGCAUGGCGAAGUCAAGGGGUGUACGGCUGCAGGUGGCAUAUGGCCCGGAAAGAUCGGGCCUCUUCUGCUCCUCUUCCGGCUCCUACCAGAUGCAGGAGGUGCUCCACUUCUGUGGCAAGCGCGCCUCAUGUCUCUUCGUGCCGUCUGGGGGUUCCGAGUCCAGGAUUCCGAGGAGAUCCAUUUGGAGCACCGCCUUCUGGAUUUUUUUCGAAAUGAAUGUGGCCAUGGACAUUCUCUCCUACGACAUGUCGCAGAGAUCCUGCGAGAAAGCCCUUCGAACGACAGCGGGGAAGUCUUUAAGGCCACGACGCUCAACAUGGCGGCUGCAUCCAGCCUCAACUUCAACUCCAUUUCAAUGCUCUCGCUGUCGGCAUCUCCACCGAAAUUGUUCUCUGCGUCCCUACCGAUUGUGGAGGCACGCUCUCGCUGGGCGGAGAGUUACCUGUCGAGGUAUCCUAGCAGGAAGCUCAGGUGGCAAACCUGGGGUGCAGCGAAAGUGCUGUGGAGCCAUGCGCGAGGACAAACCUUGCUCACAACCACGGAGCUGCAAGCGCACAUCCUGCUGGCACUGGGUCAGGGUGAGGGCUUCUCCCGCAAAGACUUCGAGGAGGCAGCGCUCAACUGGUCUCAGGCCGGCAGCGAAGAUGAUGAGGACCUCAAGCUGAAGGCUUGGCGCCUGGCGCUGGCGCAGCUUUCAGCACCAGAGGGUCCAGUGGAGCUCGACGGCUCCGAGAGGCUGCGUGUGCGGCCAAGCUGUGGCCGCUCGGAGCUGGACCUCACCGAAGUGCCAGCCUUUUGCACGGAAAAUCACAGACAGGAACCCUCAAGUCCUUCUCGAGAUGCCAGAGCACCUAUCAUUGAUGCGGCGCUGGUGAGGAUACUGAAGUCUUGUCAUGUCUUAUCGGCCGACGAAGUCUUGGCGAAGCUCGCGGCAUACCCCGAAAGCCUCGCUUUGCCGGAGAAGCUGCCCAGUACGGCCUUCUUGACAGCCAGGAUGGCAGCCCAGGAUUCUGCAGAGUCCUUCGGCCGCCUCUCCUCGCUGUGCGAUCGUGGCAUCCUCCGAAUGGAGCGCCUGGACGGUGAGACAACAGGUCAGAUCGACGCGGCCACACGCAUCUUCUACGAGGAUUGA